GAAGCAAAGGGCCCUUUCAGUGGUGCUGGUGUCGUAUCCUUCCUUCUGUUCGCCGGGCCCAAAGCGGAAACCUGUUCUCGAGGGUCGACGUGCUGCGCACUCCCGCUGAGAAUCACCCACACCGGACGGCAGAGCUUCAUGAUCGAGGCCUCGGACACACAGACGCCCCCGCCGCUUCAUUACUCGCCUUCGGUCAGCGAUCACGAUCGUUCUUCUACCCGCGAAUCGACCCCCGUCAGCACUCCAGUCGGCUUUGGCGCUACUUCCUCGCGCAGACCACCUGGCAAGGGAAAGGAUCCCUUUUCCUUGCAAUCCAAGCCCGCAGAUCGAGAGAACCGAACGGCGUAUUUCGAUUCAGCGCUUCUUGAGCCUGGUCACGACGAGAAUACCAGCUUUCCGCUCUUCCCUUCAUCACCCCCGGACGCCGGCACGAUGAGCGGCCAAGCGGCACCCCUCGAUAUCGCCACUCGCCAGACGUCGGUGUCACCCCCAGGGCAGCAGGCUUCCAACCUGACGUCGGCUUUGCAGAAAGCCGCCAACAGCAACAAUGAGCGCGUAGGCAGUAUCUCCAGCGCAAGCGGUACCAACAACGGCGUCGCGCUCAAGACCGCCGCGGCGCGGAAAGACUCCUUGGGCGCAAGCAUGGCGCAGUGGGGGAACGGCACCAAGCCUAUCUCUGUGACGGGCUCAAAUCGCGAUAAACCACGUCGCGAAUCCCUCGCUGGCAGUUUAGUCGGAGGAAUGAGCUGGGGAGGUGUUUCUGUUGGGAGCUGGAUUCGCGAUGACAUUAUUAUGACAGGCACAUCGCCCUUUACCUUUCAAUCACCCUCGUUCCAUUCUUCUUCAUAUCUGCCCAAGCUGGAAGCUAAUUUUAUGCGUGAUUUCUCGUGUUGCGGAGUGACUCUUCCGACGCUUCAUGACCUACUACAACAUUACGAGGAGGCCCAUGCACAGAAGUCUCCUCAGCCCGGCCAGCGCCACGAUAGAGCCGCUAUGGCGGCGGCUGCAGCAGCAGCGCAUCAGCAGAAUCAGCAAUCGUCCGCCAACCAGGAUCGCGGGAUGCAAGCCGAGAGACCAUCGAAUAAUCAACAGAAAUUCAGUCAGAACCAAAGUCAUCAGCAUGGCCAAAACGAUUCGAACGCCUUCUCGUCUACCCAGCACAAUAUGGAUAUGGAUACCAUUGACGACAUGGAAUUAGAUGACGCCAUGGGAGUGACCGAUUCCACAUCCUCGCAGAUGUUUCCGUCGCAAUCGCGGGAUCCUACGCAAGGAGGUUUUGGUUCGCAGAACCAGAGGGUGCCGCAGCUGAAUUUGAAUAUGCUUCAAGGACAUCAGGGACUAAGGGGCUCACAGCCGGGUACACCGGUUACCACGAAUCACACUCUUCUGCAGAACAACCCUACGGUGUCUUCGGUCAAUACACCAACUCUGAUGUCAAAUCCUCUGCAGAAUGCUCAAUUCCGAAAUACUCCAGAUUCAUCGGGUCCAGGAACGCCCGCAGAGCUGGACGACAGCGUUCUUGGCGGUCUUGGAGAGCUUUCGAUGCAAAACAAUACCAUGUCUAGUCAAGGUCAAUUCUCCGGGUUCGGCGGCAACAAUGAUAUGGUUGACCUCUGCAUCGACGAGCCGGCCAAGCGCUUGUUUAGCCCCAACGGCGGUUUUAACAAUAAUAAUAACGCCACUUCCCAAGCGCACUUGAAACUUGGAAGCUCUCAGUACGGGCCCAAUAGUGAAAUUGCGCGGCGGAUUCGGGAACAACAGUUGCUUGCCGGUGUUCCGGAUACCGUCGGCCUACUCCCGAAUGAAGAGCCUAAGCCGUACCGAUGCCCGGUUAUUGGGUGUGAAAAGGCUUACAAGAACCAAAAUGGACUUAAAUACCACAAAGCGCAAUUGCACGACAACGCCGAUGGAACUUUCUCCAUUGUCAAUCCCGAAACGUCAACCCCGUACCCAGGUACACUAGGCAUGGAGAAAGAGAAGCCAUAUCGAUGUGAGGUGUGCGGCAAACGCUACAAGAAUCUCAAUGGGCUCAAGUAUCACAAAUCGCACUCUCCACCCUGCAACCCUGACCUUCAGCUUGCUAGUCGGAACUUGAACGUUGGAGGCGUCAUGCAAGGCCAAAAUAUUAACGUCGCAGGAGCUGGACUCCCCGGGAUUGGUGAAGAAGGACUGAUGUGA